UCUAUAUAUACACUUUGGCCAUUCCGAUCUAACCAAACAAACAAAAAAUCGUUAACUCUCUAUUGUCAUCAUUCCACAAAAAAAAAAACAAAUCAUGAACUCUCAUCAUUACAAACCAAUCCUUCUUACAUUCCUCAUUACUCUUCUUCCCCUCCUCCAACUUCUAAGCCCUACCAAUGCGUUACCAUCCCCACCAAUAACAGCUCUCUACGCCUUCGGCGACUCCACGGUGGAUCCCGGCAACAACAAUUACAUCCCCACUCUUUUCAAGAGCAACCAUCCUCCCUACGGCAAAUCUUUCCCGGCACAACUCUCCACGGGAAGAUUCUCCGAUGGAAAACUCGCCACCGACUUCUUAGUCUCCUCCUUCGGGAUCAAACCCACUUUACCAGCUUACCUAAACCCUUCGGUCAAACCCUUUGAGCUUUUGACCGGAGUUAGUUUUGCCUCGGCUGGAAGUGGUUUAGAUGAUCAUACGGCGAUGUUAUCGUUGACUUUGAAUAUGGACAGGCAGUGGAGGUACUUCGAAGAGGCCGUGCGUAAGAUGAAGAGUUUGGUUGGAGAAUUGGAGACUGAUCGGGUGAUUAGGAAUGCUGUGUUCGUGAUUAGUGCAGGCACUAAUGAUAUGACUAACAAUGUUUACACUCGCGCUCCCGGGAGUUUCAUCUCUGUUUCGAAUUAUCAAGAUUUUCUACUUAGCAAAGUCGAAGCUUUUGUCCAGAGACUAUACAACGCAGGAGCAAGAAGGAUUACAGUAGCUGGACUACCACCAAUCGGAUGCCUUCCAGUGCAAGUAACAGUUGCUAGCUUCACUUCUCGCAACUUCCAUCGUAGGACCUGUACGGAACACCAGAACGCUGAUUCUAGGGUUUACAAUCAAAAGCUACAGAGUCUAAUCUUCCGUCUUAGUCAGAGGCUUAGAGGUUCCAAGGUUCUUUACCUUGAUAUCUACUCUCCGUUAAUAGACAUGAUCAAUUAUCCUCGUAAAUACGGAAUAGAGGAAACACUGAGAGGAUGCUGCGGGACGGGGUUUCUUGAGGCGGGACCUCUAUGCCAGCCAACGUCUCGGACUUGUGAUGAUGUGUCCAAGUAUUUGUUCUUUGAUUCUGUGCAUCCUUCACAGAAGGCUUACUCUGUCGUUGCUAGCUUCGCCUUACGAAAUUUGCUUCCUCGCCUCUAAUUCAUUAGUAUUUUUUUAUUGCAAUUUUUUCUUAAGACAUUAUUGGUGUUCUAGCUAUUGGUGUUUUGUACGUAACAUUACAUUUACUCCAUCAUUUUGGUGGAAUAGUGAAUAGAUCAAAUUUUUACU